CGUCGUACCUCUCCUCCUUCUCCUCUGCCCCUCUCCUCCUUUUCUUCUCUUCCUCCUGCCUUCCAUUUUGUUUCCCUACUGUUCUUUCCCGUCCUCUCGUUCUCUCGUUCCCUGCGCUCGCAUCUUGAGGAGCGGCGGCUGUCCUGGUGGGUCUAGAGGGUUUGCCAAAGAGAAGAUUUGCUGUGAGGAUUCGAGGCCACAAAACGCGAACAUGGGCAGGACCGGGAGGGAGCAAGGGACCCCGUCUUCUCUAUUUUAUCGGGAUCUGGCCAUUGUCCCGACACCGAGGACUACACGUGGCGAUGGGAUAGGUGGAGGUUCAGGUGGGAGUGUUUCUCAUCGAGAGCAGUCGAUGCCGCCUCCGCCUUUUGGCCCCGAUGAUACCAAUUGUGUCAUCCGCGAGUUUGAGAAAUGUGGACCAAUCUUGAAUCAAGUGUAUGGACCUGGGAAUGCCAACUGGAUUCAUAUUCAGUACCAGAACAAGUACGAUGCACAGAAAGCUCUGGUGAAAAAUGGUGCCCAGCUCAGCAGCACGCUGAUUGUAGGAGUUAAGCUGAUUGACAAGUCACAGAGAAUGGCAAUCAUGGCUAGGCAGAGUCAGGGUGUUGAUGGAUGUAGAGGCUCUUUGACUCUACCCGUCGGGCGUGGGACAAGGGGAUCAUCGAGUGCGGCUGUUGCUGCUGCACAUUCCUCACGUCCUUAUCUUGUUGGGAGGGGUGAAUUUGGUGUCAGCACGGGGAUCGCCCAACCCACCAAGUCGACAGUAUCGAAAUUGAUCGACUACGUCUUCGGGAUGUAGAGAUGGGCAAUUGCUGCCUUCCAUUGUAGAUGGCCACAGUGUGUCUAAUAGUGUGCCUGCCUCACUGGCAUUCCAUGUUGUACUCUUGUUUAGGAACCAAUGAAGAAGGGUGGCGGCCUUGCUUGAUGCGUCUUGGCGUUAAGAAGAGAAAAUGUCGCUUUUUUUUUUUGCGAUCACUCAGUCGGUUGUUGGUUGCAUUGCGGCUUAGGCUCACAAUGAGAGCGUGAAGGAUGGGGAACAAUCAUCCGGCGGACAAGCGUUUGUGAAAUCAGGUUGGUAUCCAUAAUGACUAAGUAAAAGAUAGAUGAGAGCGGUGUCCGUUGAACUUGCCCAGCGAAAAAUGUUAUGCUUGUUUCUUAGCCUGUCCUUCGGUCUGGUCAGGUGGGGCGGGCGGGGGGCAGAGGUAAGCAUUUUUGGUUUUACCUUCACCCACAUUUGACCCGCCCUGAUUUUUUUUUAAGUCUCGCCUACCCUUGCCCAAUAAUUUUUCUUUUCGCUCGACCUUGACCCAACCUGCCUAAUUAUUUUUCCGAAAUUUGCUUCCUUGCCCAACCUGCCUGACACCUGAGGAAAAGCCUCACCCAGCCAGACCCACCUGCACUCACGACGGCACACGUACGUGCGCGCACAGGGGAUCUUAUGAAACCUCUGGGUGCUCUGGGUCGGGUGACCCAAGCCAAGGCCUACCCCGCCCGACACCCACCCAGGCCAAUGCCUGGGUUGCCCGCAACCCACCCAUGCAUAGAGGGAUAAGUCUCACGACACACCCACCACCCACGCCGGCUGGGAUCACUGCACCCAGGGCGGCCUAGACAGACGCAGAGCUUACCCAUC